AGUUCAUGAUUUGAAACACUCAGCAAAGUUUCUACUUUAUAAUCGCUAUGGCAGCAAAGCAGAAGCAAGAGGAACCUUUUACUUCACUUAUAACGGGAACGUACAGCUGUUGCACUCAUAUUCGUAGGCGCCAGUCAAUCAGACCGAAUGGCCCUCGAAAAUCCUUCCAACAGUAUUUCCUUGCAGAAUUUAUCCAUUUGUGACAACGAAAACUCUGUAUUAUUCAAAACCGGCUCAGAAUGGACUCGAUUGUCGAAACCGAGGCAAGGGGAAAUCAUUGUGAGGGUCACUGUCACGUUGUGUCUGAUUGGCCUGGGAAUACUCACAGUACUGUCCAUUAUUGCAUAUAUGAAGAUAUCUGUUGAUGUUAAAGAACUUCAAGAUUCAUUGAAAAGCGUCAAUGGACUAAGCACACGCCAAGGAAAUGAUUUACAGCUCGGUGAUCAUAUUAACCAAAUGCAAACUCUUAUGGAUGCCCUAAACAUGUCAACUCUCUCUGAGCUACAAAACCUUAAAGAAGAAGGUUUCCAUAUCUCAGAGAGCCUAAACGUGAUGACUGUGUCUCUAAAUAAUGUUAAUUCUUCACUUCUAUCCAAAUUUCAAAGAAUGGAAAAAAAAGCGGUAACAGUUCUGGACAACAUUCAAACGGUGCAAGAUUCCCUCUCACGGGUCGGAUUGAAUGUGCAGACUCUGAAGGAAGCCGACAAGCAGUUUUCUCAAGUCCAAGAACAGAACUCAAAUUCCAUACAGUUAUUCAAGGAUUCCGUUUCUUUGCAACUCCAACAAGUGAUGUCACUUGUGGCAAAUUUAUCUGGCAAGAUAGAGAAGCUGGAAGAACUGAACUCAACCCUGAUGUCAAUGUUGGAGCCCAAGGAGAGAAUGCCAAUUAACACAAUCAUACCUCAUGGUGAUUCACAACGAGGCAGAACAGAAAUUCAUUGCGGAUCGAUUAGGUUCCAACCUUACUGGAUUGGGCUCACUGACUCAGUCAAAGAAGGUGACUGGCGCUGGGAAGAUGGUACAAGUUACUCAAGCACACCGAAGUAA